AUGACCACAAUUAGCGCAAUCGUUGGUGGUGACCCCAAGCUGCUGGCGCCCCACCUCAAGGCCCUGGGGGGCGGCCUGUUCGGCUGCGUAGGGGAGAGGUACUACAAGGUCACGGCGGAGGCGCUGCGCGCGUGCGAGGCACUGGUGCGGUGCCUGCGGCCCAGCCCGCCUGCCCCGGUGGAGCCGGCGGCGGCGGAGCUGGUGGCGCCGCUGCUGGCCGCGGUGUCGGGCCGCCUGGCUGCGCAGGACCAGGACCAGGAGGUCAAGGAGGCGGCGGUGCUGUGCGUGGCGCGCAUACUGGCAGACCUGGGGGACCAGGCGGGGGUGGAGGAGCAGGUGGAGCCCAUCCUGCGCGCACUGCUGGACCGCCUGCGCAACGAGACCACGCGCCUACCGGCCGUCAAGGCCGUCGCCGCCGUCGCGGCCAGCCCGCUGCCGCUGCCGGCGCUGGCGGGGCCCGUGGCGGCCGGCUUUGUGGCGGAGCUCACUUCGUUCCUGCGGAAGAGCAACAGGGCGCUCCGCGCCGCGUCCCUCGCUGCCCUGGACGCCCUCUGUGCGCGGCCCAAGCUGCAGCUCGAUCCCGGCUCGUUCGGCCCUGCGGUGGCAGAGGCGCCGGCGCUGCUGUCCGACGGCGACCUGUCUCUGGCGGCGGAGGCCCUCGGGCUCUACGCCACAGUGGCCUCCUGCCAGGCCGGAGCGGCUGCUGGGCUCGCCGACCAGGUGCUGCCCCCGGCCCUGGAGCUCGUCCGCUCCCCGCUGCUGCAGGGCGCCGCCCUCACGCGCCUCCAGGCCUUCUUUGCAGCCCUCGCCGCCGCCAGCUUCGCCGGCGCGGGCCCGGGCGCCGCGGCGCGCGAGAGCCUCAUCGCGGCGCUCCUGCAGGACGGCGCGGCGGCGCGCGACGCGGGGCCGCAGGCGCAGGCGUCGGUGGCGCAGUGCGCGGCGGCGCUGGCGUGCUGCGACGAGGAGAGGGAGGGGGCGCUGCCGGCGGCGGUGGUCAAGACGGUCAAGCAGCUGCUCCAACUGGCGGCCUCGAAGGACCCCGCCUCCCAGCGCCUGGCGCUGCUCACCCUGGGGGAGACGGGCCGCCGCGUCGACCUGGCGGGCGCCAUCCCCGAGGCAGAGGCCGCCGUGAUGCGGGCCCUGGAGAGCGGCGGCGAGGACGCGCGCGGCGCGGCCAGCGUGGCGCUCGGGGGCCUCGCGUGCGGCGAUCUCGGGAGGUCCCUGCCCAAGCUCUGCUCUCUCAUAGAGGCCGCCUCAGGGGAGCCCGCCCGCCAGUACCUCCUCCUGCAGGCCUUGAAAGGGGUCCUCACAACUCUGGUGGCCAGGGAGGCGCAGGAGCAGCAGCAACAGCAGCAGCAGCACUCAGCAAGCAGCGGCGGCGCUCCAGCGCCCGUGCCAGCGCUCUCAGAGGGUAAGGUGCAGGAGCUGCUGGCGCUGCUGCUGCGCUGCGCAGGGGGGGAGGAGGAGUGCGCCACGGCGGUGGCGGAGUGCUUGGGGGAGCUCGCGCUGCUGGCGCCAGACCAGGUCAUCGGGGCCCUGGCGGACGCCCUGCCCUCAUCCGGCAGCCCAGUGCGCUCUGCAGCAGCGGGGGCCGUCAAGAGCAUCAUGUCGCCACAGGCGGAGGAGGGCCGCAGCGUGCGCUCCGCGCUGGCGGUGGAGUCGGCGCUCAGUGGCCGCCUGCUGGACUUCCUGCGGCUCAUCGGGGACGACGACAGGCACGUGCGCAAGGCGGCGGUGCUCGCGCUCAGCUCGGUGUCCCACCACCGGCCGCGCCUCGUAUCCCCCCACCUUCCAGCGCUGCUGCCUGUGCUCUACGCCCAGACCGCCGUGCGGGCGGAGCUCAUUCGCACCGUGGACCUCGGCCCGUUCAAGCACAAGAUCGACGACGGCCUGGACCUGCGGAAGGCGGCUUUUGAGUGCCUCGACAUCCUGCUGGACGCGGCGCCAGGCUCCCUGGACUACCCCGAGUUCCUCAAGUGCCUGCUGUCUGGACUGGCAGACCACCCGGACGUCAGGGCCCCCGCGCACCACAUGCUGGCCCGCACGGCCGCGGUCGCGCCCGGCGCCGUGCUCGCGCAGCUGGACUCGCUGGUGGAGCCGCUGGAGAAGACGCUCACCGCGCGGCUCAAGUCGGACGCGGUGAAGCAGGAGAUGGACCGCCACGAGGAGUCCCUCCGCUCCUGCCUGCGCGCCGUGGACGCCCUCGACCGCCUCGCCGGCUCCUCCGCCGCCCCCCGCUGGGUCGCCUUCAUGCAGCGCACCGCCGGCUCCGCCGCGCUGCGCGACAAGCUGGCCGCGGUGCGGGCCGAGAGGGAGGAGGCGGAGUCAAAGGGCGCGGCUGGGCGCGGCUCGCGGGUGGAGGCGGCGUGA